AGGUCUGCGUGUAUAAAGAGAUCAUCCCGGGACUUGGAGUCAGGAGACAUCUCAGCAUCGCGCUGAAACUUUCUGGAAAACUUUAGGAUUCAAGAAUCAAGGCCGUUUUGGACUUAGAUUUUUUUCCCCUUCAGCAAAACGGAGAGGAUUUUUUUUAUUUUUCUGUGUUUUUGACAGAAUCAAGUAGGAAAAUGAUGCAGAUGCUGCUGGCGCACCGCUUCCUGGCUGUGUAUCUCACUCUGUUUGGAUGCUUUGGAGACGUUUACGCGGGCGCAGUACUGAUGAAUUCCAACUCCAUCAAAAACCUGCCCGGUGCUCCGGCUGGCAAGGGCGUUGAGGCUGUCAGUCCGAGUCCGCGCACCCCACCCUCCGGUGGCACGGGACUCAAAUUGCCCGUGGACACCUUGCAGCAGCCAGGUGUUUGCACGGAUAGUGAAGACUGCGGGGGGGAUGAGUUCUGCAACGAGGCUCGAGGUGUGUGUCUGCCCUGCCGUAAGAACCGGAAGCGCUGCUUGAGGGACUCCGUGUGUUGUGCAGGAAGUCGCUGCAGCAACGGUGUUUGUCAGACCAGCGACAUGCACGACUCUGAUGCAUCCAUCCCUGCUUUGCACAAACACAACACCACCAUGGAGCACCUAGGCAAGAGGCCCCCUGCUGCCCAUGGGUUUCAGCCUAGUGCUGUCAAAGGCCAAGAGGGUGACACGUGCCUAAGGUCGACAGACUGCUCCGAGGGCCUGUGCUGUGCCAGACACUUUUGGUCUCGCAUCUGUAAACCUGUGCUGACAGAGGGCCAGGUGUGCACACGCCACCGCAGGAAAGGCAACCACGGAUUGGAGCUAUUCCAGCGCUGUGACUGUGGCGAGGCCCUGGUGUGUCGACCGGAGAAGGGAGAGCGAGAUCCCAGUGUCAGCAGGACGGCGGGCCGGAACCUACACACCUGUCAGAGACGCUGAGGCCACCACACAGAUGCACACGCAGAGACAGAAACACACACGUCAAUAAAUCAGUGACAGACAACUGCAGACAUUGACAAAUAUGCCUUAGUCUUGUGUAUACCAAAGAUGCUGACACACACACACUCACACCAGGACACCUAAGACUGUUCUUUCCUGCCAAAGUAGCUGACACAAAUGCCUCAUCCGGAAGGAUGGAAAAAAAAAUCCAGGAAAAGCGAUACACCCUGAGGGAUGCAACAGAGUGAGAUGAACUUCUCCAGUUCCCCAUCGACAAACGAAGAGUCGGAAGUUAAGGAAGUGACGUUUCAGAAGUGUUUGGAGAAUCGAUUCAUGUUGUCAGCUGCGGCAGAGCUGUUUUGUUUCUCUUUUUAUGGAACUUCGAGCCACGGUUAUUGCAGUAAAUUACUGCACUGUAAAUAAUAUUCUGCUGGUGGCACAUUGAAUUUAGUCACCGCCAGUGUAAUAAAGACAUGGUGCUGCAUGAUUUUCUGUAAAUAUGUUAUAUAUAUUAUAUAUAUUGUUUUAUAAGAAAAUAUACAGAGAAAAUGUGAAUAUUUGUUUUAUUAAAUGUCUCAUCAUAACCUUA